AUGAAUAAAACACUUGAGAGAAAUUAAAAUGGAACUGUGAUUAUGAAUCUGAAGAAUUUGAAAAUCAUAUGUGAAAGAGAAGGACUGUAUUAGAAUCCAGAAAACAAUGACACUUUAUAUUUGCAUUUCAAAGGUAACUCUCAUCUUUAGUGAAUCUAGGAUUUGACAAGAUCGAAAAUCUUGAACCAUAUUUCAAUCUUGUUGCUUUGUGGUUAAAUAAUAAUGCUUUACAAAAGAUAGAAGGACUGUGUUCACUUAAGAAAUUAAUCAGCUUAUUUCUAAAUCAUAAUUUGAUUGAUAAAAUAGAAAAUGUUUCUGCAUUAUAAGACUUAGUUACUUUAAAUUUAAGUCAUAAUUCAAUCAAGAAAAUUGAGAACAUAGCCUCCUUGAGUAAACUCUAAAAUCUUAAUUUAUCCCAUAAUCAAUUGACCAAUUAUGAAUCAUUAAUGGAAAUUUAAGAUUGUCCAUCAAUCCAGAAUUUAGAUCUUUCAAACAAUCAUAUUAGUUAUGAAGAACCCAUUAUUUCAAUCUUUUAAUCGACAAAUAUCGGUUGUUUAUAUUUAAAAUCAAAUAGUUUUGGUAUUUUUUGAUUUCAAUUAAAUUAAGUGAGAGAAUGUCCAAAUUAUAGAAAAACCAUUGUAGUUGCCAUAAAGACUUUACAAUUUCUGGAUGAUAAACCAGUAACACCAGGAGAACGUAAAAUCAGCGAGGCUUGGUUUAUCGGAGGAAAAGAAGCUGAAUAAUAAGAAAGAGUAUCUUAAAUUGAACAAAAGAGAGAAUAGGAUCACCAGAUUUAUUUAUAGACCUUGGAAAGAUAAUAAAGAGGAGAAACAAGAAAUUAAUUACUAAAUUAAUAACAACAAUUAUGCAAAGAAAUCAGGUAACUAUAGAUUUAGUAUUUUGAUGGAGAAGAAGUUGAUGAAUUAUUAGAAUAAAAAGAAAACGAAUUAAAAAACGUGGAACUUGAAUUAGAAAAAUAUCAAGUUGACACUAUAGCUCCUCAUUAAUGCUUUUUAACAACUAAGGAUGAUGAAGGAAACGUAGUCAUUUUAAAUAAAACUGAGGACGUAAAAUUAUUAAUAUGAAAAAAGGAAGCCAAAUAAAUAAGGGACAGAUAUUUCAAUUAAGAAAUGUAAUAAAUUAAUCAAAAGUGUGAUCAUAAUAAUGUAGAACAGAAAUUAAUUAUUUAAUAAUUAGAACCAGAAGAAGUAGAAGAACAAGAAUAAGAGUACUAAUAGCCAAAGAAAAAGUCGAAAUUUAUUAUUAACUUGGAUUCAGCUCCUUAAAUGCCAAAAAUUGAUAAAAAAGCAAAUUAACUAAGGGAAUGGAAAUAAAAGAGAGAAGGUUGGACUAUAGACCACGACGAAUUAUUAGAAAAUUUAUUAAUGUACCAUCAAUUUAAUUUUGAUGCUGUAAGCGAUGAAUUUAAAAGAAUUAUGGCAUAUGAAGAUUAAGAUCUUAAAUAUAUGGAACCUGAAGAUUUGCGAAUUAUUUGGACAUAUAUUGAAUUAUCCAAAUAUAGAAAUAAAGUACCUUAAAAUCUAGAGUAAAUUGAGUGA